AUGGCCUCCUUUCCUCCCUUUAAACAUCGAAAACCGUUUGAAUGUCCAUCCGCAAUCCAUCGUAAUUCUUUCCAAUUUUUGAAAAAAAAAAUUAUUUUAGCUUCCAGGAAGAACGAAGUGGCUGCAAUCCGGAUCAGAUUUCCGUAUAAAUUGCCGGUGAUCCUGGAACGCUAUGCGAAGGAGAAAAUAUUGCCGGCUUUACACAAGGUGAAGUUUCUAGUCCCUCAAGAGUUCACCAUGGGCCAGCUUGUAGCCAUCAUUCGUAACCGGAUGGGCCUGAGGUGCACGCAGGCGUUCUACUUCCUCCUGGACAGUAACCACAGCCUCGUGAACAUGUCCGCCACCAUGGGCGAGGUCUACACCACGUACAAAGACGAGGACGGCUUCCUUUACAUGACGUACGCCUCCCAGGAGAUGUUCGGUUGAGGGCCUCCAAGCCCAUC